AUGCUCGAAGUCGCCGUCUCCAUGAAGCGCGAUCGUCGUUCUGGUGAGGGCGGACACCACCAAAGAGGCCCCGACUUGCCAACUCGUACCCAAGACGGGGCCUCUUUUCGGCAAAACAUACCAUAUCCUUCAGACUCAGAGGAAAGCUUUGCCCGCCAUCACGCAGAACGAUACGGACAUGAAGAACUCUUGGUGGACGGGCAGCACACCGGCAGCCCCCAUUUUCCUCGCCGUAGCGAGAGAGCCAGAAUUCAUGCGGAAUAUACAACCAGCAAUCGGCAAAGAGACAGAACACGGGAAGCGUACGGCGAUACAUUAAAAUCAGCGACAGAAGAAUAUGAGAGUCUUAGCUACAACCAGCGCGAAUACUACGACUCUACCUCAGGCGGUAUGCUUCCACGUCAUCAUGCUACCCUCUUGCCUCUCGCCAGGGACCGGGAAGGCCCCAACUACCACAACGCGACCAAUCGAGAAAGACUUCUGACCAUGGAAUACGGCUACCACAGUGUGGCGGCCCAACAGCGGCAUUGGGAUAGCGCGGAACAAGCCUAUCAGGAGCAUGGACAAGUUCAAGCUGACCAUGCUCGACACCGAAGAUUCCGAUCCGACCCCAGGGACGACGACACAGUAGACUGCUAUAGCAAUAGCCCAGUACAAAGUACUGAACCGCAUACCAGGAGCAGGAAUCAGGGUCUCCCACCGCCAGGUUAUUACUGUGACAGGCUGGACACGCCUCCCGAAGAGGAUGAUGAUGGGGCAGGCGAGGCAUAUGGCGGUCGCUGA